AUGCACUUGACGCGCUUUAUGUAUUUUAUGCUGUUUCUUCUGGGUUGGCUGACAUACUUUAUACUAAACCUGCCCAUGAGCACUGCAGAGACUUCUUCGGCAGAAAAGGCAAAAAUGCCCGUGGAGUGCAGGGAUCAUGCAAGCGAUCAGAUGCUGAAAACAUACAGCACCCCAAUAAACAACAUUAUUACAGAGUCUCGGCUUGACAUAAUAUUCAACACACACAUGCUGCAGAUGGUGCCAGGCGAGUGUGCAUACAACAAGUACAACCCGCUGGUUCUAAUUGACGUUGAAAUGCCGCAGGCGUAUUCCAUGUUUAUCAUACACUUGAGGCGACAAAAAGAAAUUCUGCACAUUCUGGAGCAGCUGCAUCCAAUAAACAACAAAAUCUUCCUGCCGGUGAAGAAAUCAUCCUACCUCAGUGCUAAAAAGAAGCAGAUACUAACCCGAGCAUCUGAUCUUCAGAGGAUAAAGGACCAGCUUUUCCACUACAUAGAAGACAAGCCCAUGCCCCUGUUUGACAUAAAAAACAUUAUUCUAAUAUUCACAACCGUGCACAAGGGAAACCUAAUGCGGCAGUACAGCGACACGUACAACACCAUAAACACGUUUAAGGAGUACAUUUCCACGUACAAGAGCGAGCUAAACCACGCGUACCAAAACAUUCUUGUGGAGUACUCAGAGGAAGGCUACGCCCAAAGAGCCCAAAACGUCACUACACCCUCCCCUAUGGUCAUGCAGUCGAUGAAUGCGAAUGCCCUUCUUUCCUAUAAGAAGAACGUCUUUAACAGAAACAACCUUAUUUUUGAGUAUUUGCUUAUGAGCAUAUACAUGAAGGUAGAGUCGAUACUGUACUUUGUCAACACGGAUCCCACCGUUUUGUACCUGAAAAACCACGGCGUCAAAAUUUCAGGGCUGGAUGCUCUAAAAAAGAAGGCCCAGCAGUUCCAGGACAAGUACACGCAAUGCAAAAGAAACUACUACACGCUUGUGCGUAAAAUUCCCUCGAUUAAAACAUUUUGGAAAAACGUGUAUACGCUGUACAAAAACUACACAAAUGUGCUCAUAAACACAAACUUGGCCCUUGAGGAUGUGGUAUUAAGCAUAGACAAAACUGCCGCGUUUGACAACCCUGGGUACGGGGCCACCCACCACAGAAUAAUCUCCCUUCUGUCAAGCUUGAAUUUUCUGGCGGAGCACGCCCAUAGAAAGCUGUCAACCAAAAUCAUAGCGAGCAAAGUGCUUGAAGACUCGCAGGGCAGCCUGCAAAGCCCUGAAAGGCUGAAAAAUCCUUCUUUGGACGACUCCCUCAGCGACAGCACUGUGAUGCGCCUGUCUAACUUUUCUCGCGCGCUGGACGCCCGAAUAGAGUCAAACACUAUAAGCCAGCAGGACGUCAGAGACGCAGGCCUGGUCAUUUCUGCCAUCAAUGCGAAGGUGCACUAUGAGGGCAGGCACGGCAACGAAACACAAAAGGAAAACACGCAGGUCUACAUAAACAGGUACGGAUUCCAGAAUCCCUCCAAGUACAUAGAAUGCUAUAACGAAGUCGCCAAAAAAAUAAGCGAGGAAAUAAGAAAUUCCCCGGGGAUGUGCGCCGAGACAAACCUAAUGGACGACUUUUCGAGCAUGCUUAUGUACAAGAGAAAGAACCCAGCCAACAAAGAAGAGGAAAUAAUCCAGAACGAGAACCUUUUUUCCGCAUACUUCAAUCUCUUUAUGAACGCCCUGUUUAAGAGCAGGCAGGCCAUUGACGACCAGCAGAAGUGCAAAGCCAUAAAGCCGAAUCUGCUAAAGACGCUGCUUGAUGUCAUGGCGGUGUGCUAUAAGGUGGCCGUCACCGAAAACGUGCAAGACAUCCCCAGUACGCUGGCCCUGGCUGUAGACGGGUUCCCAAUCCAGGCAAGCAGCGCAGAACUCCACGUAAACGCGACCACGUUCUAUGUUAUAGACACGCUUAUGGCGGGGAUAAAGAAUGAAACGGGCAUGCACGACUUGGACUUCUACGCGCUUUUUAGAAAUGCCAUCUCCGAGCUGAACAUCAAGAAAGAAGCCCGGGACAAUUCGCAUGCAAUCCACCAAAACCGCACAGAGAAAAUAAGCGACUAUCUCUACAAGUCCCACGGGAUGUCUAUAAUCAAUGCAAUUUCCACGAUCCGUGCAAGUUUGGAGCACGAAGCGAAAGUUCUCGGCCUGGAGUGGGGCGAUGCCCCCGAAACAGACACGCGCCUCCUCUCCAACCGCAUGCACAAAAGCUAUUUUGAUCUUCUGAACCAGAACAAAAACGCCAUUAUAAAGCUGCUUCAAACAGUGUUCGACAAAGAGACGCAAAUUGGAAAUAUGAACAGAGACUGCACUCUGAAGCUUGCCGAGCUGUACAACAAAAUAAGCACCACCCUCUCCACGAUGCACAACGUGGACAUGAAGAAAGAGCUGGACGCCAUUUUGAAGUCUGUUGACAAAAGCAUGCUGGAGAACAAUCCCAUAAAAGUCCAAGUAAGUGCUGUGCCCGAAGCAAACACUAACAAUAAUCCCCUCUCGCUGGGAACUGUGUGA